AACCGUGCUACGUUGUGACUGGAAGCGCUGUAGCGUUGUAAAUAUGAGGUAGUUGUUUAUUUAUAGCACCAGGGCAAUUAUUAAUUGAAGCGCUGGGGUGGAUUUCCGUAGUACCGGAGCCGUAACCCGCCUCCCUGUGUGAGUGAUAUGUCCGUUCUUACAGUACCGCAGCAUAAAUGGUGAUUUACAGGAGGCUAAUGACCGGAGUGCCUGGAACUACAUGAUGUCCUGCUUACGGAUUCAUCUUCGUCGUUUGACUCGCGUCACGCAGAUGGCAGCCCCGCACUUCCCACUAUCUGAUUAUUUCCGUAUCUUAUAAAAUAGUUGUCGUCGUGUUGCUGGUUUGGUGAACUCUUUAUCGCUGGCUUUCCGGUCUCAUCAACAUGACUUCAAAUCCUUGGGGACAAGAGAAAAGCAGCUCCACGUACUGGGAGGAGCGAAUCUUUUACAUCUUGAUCCAAGAGGGCGGUUUGGUUGAUAAACAGACGCAGAAACAGAUGAAGGUUCCCCGGGGCAGCAUCGGACAGUACGUUCAGGAGCGCUCAGCGGUGGCGCACAGCCGAGGAGCGCAAUCCUCCAAAAGCAAAAAGUUGCAGAUCGCACUGAAAAUAUUGGAGCAGCCUCACACUCUCCUGUUUGUGGACGAGAAAGAUGUCAUAGAAAUUACAGAAAAGUUGGCAGAAGUGCUUUUGGCUAUAAAUAACUGCGAGGAAAGGUACAGCCUAUUCAAGAACAAGGGCAGGCUUUCGAGAGCCCUUCAGAUUGAGCCCGGCUCAGCAGUGAGAGUGUAUCUGAGGGCUGGGGAUGGACCUUUCCCAGGCGUUGUACGUUACAGAGGACCAUUGUUACCCGAACGGUCGCUCACCGGCAUUUGGUUUGGUGUGGAGUUAUUGGAAGAUGGCCGUGGUCAGGGAUUUACAGAUGGCUCGUAUCAAGGAAAGCAUCUCUUUCGAUGUGAUGAUGAGUGUGGGGUCUUUGUGGCUCUGGACAAGCUGGAGUUGUGCGAAGAAGACGAUGAGGAACUAGAGUGUGAUUAUCCGUCUCCUGUCGACCCCGGACAGCCAGAAGUUCCUCCUCUGGAAAUUAACUCCAGGGUAUCUCUGAAAAUCGGAGAGGGGAUGGAGUUUGGAACAGUUAUAUUCUGUGAUGUUCUGCCUGGGAAAGAAAGUCUUGGAUAUUUUGUUGGAGUAGAUAUGGACAAUCCUAUAGGAAAUUGGGAUGGGAGGUACAAUGGAAUCCAACUCUGUAGCUUUGCGAGCGUGGAGAGUACUCUACUUCUGCAUAUAAACGAUAUCAUCCCAGAGUCGGUGUCUCAAGAACGAAGGCCUUUAAAACUCGCUUUUACUUCAAGAUGCGGCAGUGAGAAAAACUUGUCCAAUCACAGCAAACCAAAGGUCACAGCAGGAUCUACCUCAGAUUCAGGAAGCAGGAGCCGUUCAGAGUUUUUCUAUACUUUAAAUGGCAGCUCUCUUGAAACUCCACACCCGUCGAAGUCGAAGAGUUCUUGGUACAUGGAAGAAGGAACUCGUGAGCGAUCGCCCAGAGGACCUGCUGGUAUUCAGGAGAGCAGCCGCUGUGAGAUUGUUGAAGAUUCUGUGAAAUCGUUAACAGAGACAUCUCCAUCAGCCUAUGGACAUUGCUCUCCUCCUCUACAACCUCCUCCAAGCAGCUGCUCACCCAGCGAGAACAGAUUCCACUCCCUGCCUUUCAGCCUCUCCAAGAUGUCCAGUACCAACGGCACCAUGGGACACACACCACUUUCCUUAUCGGUUCAGUCAGUCAUUGGCGAGUUAAACAAUGUAUCCCUUCAGGAUAGCCCACCUGGACCUUCCCACGUAUCAAAUCUGCAUGGCCUAGAGGUGGGGUCGCUGGCAGAAGUAAAGGAGAAUCCUCCUUUCUAUGGGGUGAUACGCUGGAUAGGUCAGCCUGCAGGAGUCAACGAGAUGUUGGCUGGACUGGAGCUGGAGGAUGAAUGUGCAGGAUGCACAGAUGGCACUUUCAAAGGGACAAGAUAUUUCACUUGUGCCCCCAAAAAAGCACUUUUUGUGAAGCUAAAGAGCUGCAGGCCAGAUUCCAGGUUUGCAUCACUUCAACCAGUGUCCAACCAGAUUGAACGAUGUAACUCUCUAGCAUUUGGAGGAUACCUGAGUGAAGUAGUAGAAGGGAACACUCCUCCAAGGACCGAGAAAGAAGGUUUGGAAGUCAUGAUUGGGAAGAAGAAAGGAAUUCAGGGACACUAUAACUCUUGCUAUCUUGAUUCAACAUUAUUCUGCCUGUUCUCCUUUAGCUCAGUCCUGGAUUCCGUCCUUCUGAGACCGAAAGAGAAAACUGAUGUUGAAUAUUACAGUGAAACACAAGCCUUGCUAAGGACAGAGAUUGUGAACCCACUCAGAAUUUAUGGAUAUGUUUGUGCAACCAAAAUUAUGAAACUGAGAAAGAUUCUAGAGAAGGUAGAAGCUGCAUCAGGAUUCACUUCAGAAGAAAAAGAUCCAGAAGAAUUUCUGAAUAUCUUAUUCCAUCAUAUAUUAAGGGUGGAUCCCUUGUUAAAAAUAAGAUCUGCAGGUCAGAAAGUUCAAGACUGCUACUUUUAUCAGAUCUUCAUGGAUAAGAACGAGAAUGUUGGGGUCCCAACUAUCCAGCAGCUACUUGAAUGGUCGUUCAUCAAUAGCAGCCUUAAGUUUGCAGAGGCUCCUUCUUGUUUGAUAAUCCAGAUGCCUCGAUUUGGUAAAGACUUCAAAAUGUUCAACAAAAUAUUCCCUUCUUUGGAUCUGAACAUUACAGACUUACUCGAAGACACUCCCCGGCAGUGCCGAAUCUGCGGCGGUCUCGCGAUGUAUGAAUGCAGGGAGUGCUACGACGACAGCGAUAUUUCUGCAGGGAAGAUAAAGCAGUUUUGUAAAACUUGUAACACGCAGGUUCACCUUCACCCCAAGAGGCAGCAUCACAAAUUCAACCCAGUGUCCCUUCCCAAAGACCUCCCAGACUGGGACUGGCGACAUGGAUGCAUACCCUACCAGAAGAUGGACUUGUUUGCAGUGUUGUGCAUUGAAACCAGUCACUACGUGGCAUUUGUCAAGUACGGCAGGGACGAUUCUGCUUGGGUGUUUUUUGACAGCAUGGCAGACCGGGAUGGUGGCCAGAAUGGGUUCAACAUUCCACAAGUUACCCCCUGUCCGGAGGUGGGGGAAUACCUGAAGAUGUCCCUAGAAGAACUCCAUGCCUUAGACUCUCGGAACAUUCAGGGUUGUGCUCGUCGGCUCUUGUGUGAUGCAUACAUGUGCAUGUACCAGAGCCCCACAAUGAGCUUGUAUAAAUGAACAACUAACCUGUUUUUGGCUCACUUACAUAGUUAUUUUCUGAUGCAUCCCUUUCUACAAAAGUGACUUGUGGACCUUGUCCAUCUUCCCCCACUUAUGUUGCUUCCGUAUCCAUUUAACUCCUUUGCUGCCAAUUCCUGUUGGUGACAAACUGUUUAACAAAACAUAGUAAACAGAAAAAACUUCACAGAAUGUAUUAACACAGGGAAUGGAACAGUUGUUAAAGCUUUAAGUUCUAUCAGGUCCUUCUGUUUGAGAAAGUAUUAAACAGCACAAGUAUAAAUGGCUUUCGGAAUGGAGUGUCAUUUUUGCAGGCGAAGUUGGCUUUGGAGCUUGCAAUCUCAUCCUGAAACGCGAGGACUUGGAGCAUUUAUCCAGUAAGAAUGUUUCCAAAUUCAUAGACAACCUUUUGGUUUUUGAGGGUGUUUUCAAAUAGGAAAAUUAUAUACAAAACAUGACCAUAGUGGCUAUGGUGAGCGUGUAAUUUGCACUAAGUUAAUGGUUACGUAAGUGUGGCAUUUGUAUUUAAUUUCCAGAUGAUAUUCAAUAAAAUGUAAUAAAUUUAUUAAGCUAAA